AUGGGGAGGCUGCUAGUGCACGUUGAUGCCGUGAAUUUGGUUCAUUUAUUGAAAUAUUGUUGCAGCUUUACGUAUCCACUAACGCUUUAUAUAUCUGUCUUUAGUUUGGUAGCGGACCAGUUAAAAACUCAUAACUCUGUGCAGGCCGAGGGUUUUGAAGAAGUCACCAUCUUCUUUAGUGACAUUGUUGGAUUCACAAAGCUGGCGUCAGUUAGUACUCCACUGGAGAUUGUGGACUUUUUAAACGAUUUAUACGUAUCAUUUGAUGAAAUCAUCAGUCGUUUUGAUGUUUACAAGGUGGAGACUGUCGGUGAUGCAUACGUGGUUGUCAGCGGUUGUCCCAAGUUGAACGGGAUCAAACACACGAGUGAGAUCGCGAGCAUGGCUCUGGAACUCCUCAGUCACAUGGUUGUAUUUCGCGUGCGUCAUCUUCCCGACCAUCAGCUGCAGCUGCGCAUUGGCAUCAACACGGGUAAGGGUUGCGGUCAUCUUGGUCAGCGGUUUAGCAGGCCUUGACUUCCUAGCUACUUUCUGAAUGUAGCUGUUUUCGUGUUUGGACCAGUGGGAAACGGUGGGUGGGAGCUUUGUGGUAGCAAUAUUAAAAGAGACUACGUAAAAACUUAUUUACCUUGUUUUUAUAGGUCCCGUGGUAGCAGCGGUUGUUGGAGUGACCAUGCCUCGCUUCUGUCUUUAUGGCCAUGCUGUCAACAUCGCUUCCAAAAUGGAGAGCACCUCCUUGCGUAAGUAUUCACCGUGUAACUGAUCCUAAGAACGCACUCAUGCAUGUAUAGAACACGCUUAGU